GGGCGGCGGCGGCCCCGGGAGCAGCGCUCGCUGCGGCUGAGCAUCAACGCGCGCGAGCGGCGGCGCAUGCACGACCUGAACGACGCGCUGGACGGGCUGCGCGCCGUCAUCCCCUACGCGCACAGCCCGUCGGUGCGCAAGCUCUCCAAGAUCGCCACGCUGCUGCUAGCCAAGAACUACAUCCUCAUGCAGGCGCAGGCCCUGGACGAGAUGCGGCGCCUCGUGGCCUACCUCAAUCAGGGCCCGGGCCUGGCCACGCCCGUGGCCGCCGCGCCCUUGACGCCUUUUGCCCAGGCCGCCAUGUACCCCUUCUCUGCGGGUGCCGCGCUGCCCUGCCCAGACAAGUGCGCCGCCUUCUCUGGGACGCCCUCGGCGCUUUGCAAACACUGUAACGAGAAGCCAUAAGGGCUCCGGGCCGCCCCUGCCAUCUGCGCACGUCCUCCAUUUUACAUUACCCCGAUGACUGUUUCACCCUGC